CUAGUUUCUUUGCCCAAGACCUGUCGUGUCAAUGCCCAGGUAAGCAUGCUCCUCGUAUUCCAUGAGGAUGCUGGGACGCUUGAAUUGACAUGAAAGUUCGGUCAGCGAUAAGUGUCUCGUGAAGACACAGAGUCACGGGCUAAAUGGUAAUCUGUGCAGUAUAAAUAGAGGUCCUCUCGCUGCACUAGUUGGUCACAUCACUCAUCCAUCUUCAUUCUCGCUUCAAACUCCACAGCUCAACUCCUCAUCCCAGACUCUUCACUUCCAACAACCAAGAUGAAGUUCACCGCUCUUGCCACCGCCAUCUUUGCCCUCAGCUUCGGUGCCGAGACGGCUACCGCUGCUGAGUGUUGCCAAAUGAAGGUCUGCGAUAAGAUGAACCUUGGGGGCAACUGCAAGCACGGUUGCUAUCCUAUCAGGAAGAUGGCCAAACUCAACUUGAGUGGACUCAAGUCGUCAGUCUCUUCAGCCAAGACUGAGAACAGAUGCUUCUGCACCAUUGGAAAGGAGGUUGAAUCCUGCAUGAAAGUUGACAGCUACGCCAAGGGCACAAAUGUCCCUAACCAUUGUCUUUCCGGCGCCAAGUAUGCUUACUGUCAAUUCAACUAAUCUCGAACCGCUUGGCACCGCUUCGUCUCGACGCCACUGAGCAAGAUAUCCGUUACUCGGCUGGAAUACUUUGAUGCAUGUCGGCCAGGAAAGAAUUUCUCGGAUUGGGUUCAUGCAGUCAACUAUAAAGAAUGGAAUGUGACACCUUAGAUUCAAGAAAUAGACAUUAUGACUCGCCCCUAUCUUGCCCAUCCCUUCCAUACACAUAUGACGCCCCAAACCGCCACCGGUAUGCCAUUUCGACUCCAACAGGGAUAAACAGUAUGAUAGACACUAUCUGUCCAAAUCCCCAGUAAUUCCCAUCGUACUUUUCUCCCAUGCUCUCCGACAUUUGCUCCUGGACGUUCCUAAGGGUGAAGAUCACCACCAGCAGCGGUAUAGUCAGCCCAACAAACACAAGAAGCGGAAGAAUAGCAACAAGUGGCCUAUCACUGAACCACUCAUUGACAUGCUCACGCCAAGAGGUCUUGCCUUCUGCUUCUUUGGUAUCCUUUGCCUUCUCGUCUCGGUCGUAGCAUGUGCCAGGCAGGCCAGCAAGGAGCCAGAACGUGAAUAUGUAUGUAAUCAGGGACGCAGUCAAUUCUAAGCCAUUCAGAGAUUUGAAAGUUGUCGAUCGCCCAAUAUCCCUAUACUCUGCCGGAAAGCACAUAUCCUCAACGACACUCCAGUCUGUAGGCGAUAUCUCUGAGUCCUUGCCCUCACCGAU